CGUUUUGCAAGUCUGACGAGAUCUUCUUUCUCUUCGGGGACGCACUGUGUGCUGCAGUUCCUGCAGAGAAAGGCGAGAGAAAUCUAAAGCCGCAGGGGAGAAUACGGGGCUUUCUUCUUCUUCUCCUCUGCAAACCUUUCUUCUUCCUCAACUUGUAAAGAUGCUCUCCUCAACACACAGGUCAUGCGUUUGAGAUGCCCUUCUCCUCGGGGGUCUCAGGCACCCGCCUUUCCCUGGUCCUCUUGAUGUCGCUUUCAUUUGCUCGUUUCUCGCGUUCGCGCCCUUCGUUGUUUGGGGAACCGACGCGUAGAGACAGAAGAUCUCAGGGAGAGAACUCGGCGUCGGUGCCGGUGCUCCGCUUGUCUCCUAGGCUUCCCUUGAAACACGGACUUCUUCUUUUUCAACUUUUUCUUCUCCUCCCUAUCCUCCUUCUUCUCGCUCUUCGAAGCUAUAAGAUGCUGCCGUAUCAGCAGAACGCGUCAGGGCCACCGUCGUGGACUUCUUCUGCAGUUUCUUCUGCAGUUUCUUCUGCUCCGCUCUUCUCUUCUUCUCCCGCGUCUCCGCCGCAAGUUCCGUCUGCUUCGUCGACGGUGGCGUCUUUGCCGGUGUCCUUCCACGGACCCACCGUCGUGCUGUCUUCCUCUCGACGUCCUGCGCUCUUCUCUGUGCCUUCCCUACCUCUGCAGCAUUUCCUCCGCGCGAGCAUGCAGCGCCUCGCGGCUCCGAGCCUCUCUGGGCCGCCGGCGCGUUGGCGAGACGAGGGCCGCGUCUCUCCCGAGAAAACUCUGCAGGUGCAGCUGCUCAUGCAGCAAUUUCGAGACGGACAGCUAAACGACGAGCAACUCAAGGCGCGUCUUGCCAUCAUCCUCGGCAGAGAUCUUUUUCAGUUGCUGUCCGACGAAUUCCUCGCCAUGUAUGCUUCUCAACUCACCCCCAUCCCUUCGCCUUCUCCCAGUCCUCCCUCUGCGCCCUUCCCUGUUGCCCAGCGUUCCCCCCACUCCUCUUCUUCUCUCCCUCCUCCUUCUUCGUCUUCUUCUUCGCCUGCGCUCCCUCCUCCUUCUUCUUCGUCUUCUUCUUCGCCUGCUCUCCCUCCUCCUUCUUCUUCGUCUUCUUCUUCGCCUUCGCUCCCUCCUCCUUCUUCUUCGUCUUCUUCUUCGCCUUCGCUCCCUCCUCCUUCCUCUUCAUCUUCUUCUUCGCCUGCUCUCCCUCCUCCUUCUUCUUCGUCUUCUUCUUCGCCUUCGCUCCCUCCUCCUUCCUCUUCAUCUUCUUCUUCGCCUGCUCUCCCUCCUUCUUCUUCGUCUUCUUCUGUCGCUGGGACAGGCCUCACUCCUCCGUCGAGCGCGGAGUCUGCCGCCAGUGGCCAGCCGCUCCAAGGCCGAGAAGAAGGAGGAUGUGCGUCUCUCGUUUCUUCUUCUCCUUCGCAGCUGACAACGCAUGCAGUUGGCGGGCCUGGCUGCGAUGCCGAGAAGAAGCGGGAGGGGCAGGAGACAGACGCUCGCGAGAGUAGAGGCUCUUGCCAGGAGGAGAGGGGAACUCCGACGAAGACGAGUGACAGAGAAGGAAGACGCGCUUCGGAGAUGAAGACUGGGUCGCCGUCUCCGAGUCAGAGCACCCCGCCGAAAACAGGCAGCGCCUCGCCUUUUCCGUUGGAACCUGGAAUGUAUGCAUUGUCCCCCGCGCCCUCGACCGGAAGCUCGGUGGUCACAGUUUCUCCUGUGAAGUCUGGCAAGACGAAGAAGGAAGGAACUUCGCGCAGAGGCGCGAAAGCGAGUGCAGUGCCUAACCUCGUUCCUGGAGUGCGUCUGGCUGUGUCCGCGGGCGACGAGGGAAAGGCAGAACUCCUCGGAUUGCAGGGUGUCUCUCCACCCACCGAGGAGCGCUUCCCACCCCACACGGGCCCAGGUCUCGCUUUGUCGCGGCCGCCUUUCUCUUCGGCUUCGGGACCUGGCGGGGGGCUUGCGGGGCAGAGCGGCCUGUCUCCGGGGACCAACAGAACGGGCGCGGAGACAUCCGUGGGCAUUGUGGGGUUAGGGGGUCGCCUGGGGGCUCUCGCAGCUCCGCCGGCGUGUACGCUUCCGCGCGGAGGCCUGGGAGGCGCGCGCGGCCAGGUCGGCAGCGCCGCGCCGCUGUCAUCGGAGUACCGCGAAAACAUGAGUCCGUCUUGGUGGGUCGGCGCCGCUCUAGGCAGCGACGCCUGGCGACAGAUGGCCUCUUCCGCAGAAGUGAUUGAACUUGUCGAAAAGAAGAAACUCACCGAACAGUUCCGAACUCUCGAAGGACUCGUCGACCGCGCGGACUUUCUCGGUUCUCUGCGACUCCAAGGGCACGGACGUAGUGUCUUGCACUUUCUCGGCUUGUCGAUGCAAGACUUUCAACAAACUCUGUGGUCGCCCUCCUUUCCUCCCAUUCUCCCGCCGCGGCUUCCGACACCUGCUCCCCCCUCGUCCACCAACCACGAUGCUGCUGCUGCCGCGCGCUGCGAAGCGUCAAGACUCGAGGAACCGGAGAGUCUUUCUUCGUCCUCUGCUUUCGCUGGGGAGAGCUACGAGGCGAAAGCAGCUUCUUCCAGCUUCCGCUUUCCGCCACAACUCGUGUGGGAGCGACUGCGCCUUCUUCACCCUCCGCUGUUUUCGUCUCUCUCAGCUGUGGGGGAGAGGGCCGCUGACUCGAGUUCUUCUCUUCCCUGCACGGGGGGAGAUUCUCAGUCUCUCGGCGACGAGGAGUAUCAGCGACUGCUUCCUUCUUUCUCGCUGCUCGCAGCCAUCGCGCAAGAGCUUGAGAGCGACGGCACUCUCUCGCAAGCGGGGACGUCCUUCUCCGAAGGUUCCGCUCCCUUUCGCUCGCGAUCUUUUCUCGAGGAGCCGCGCCAGCCGGGAGAGACGAGAGAGGAAAAAGAAACGAAGGGGUGGCUGAAGAAGCCGCAGAAAGGUGAAGCAACACCGGACGUGAAGGGUGAAGGGAGCGCCGGAGAGGAGACGACUUGUCGAGAGAAGGGAACAGCCUCUUCAGCUGCAGAUACAGCUGCGGGGUCUGCGUCUCGCGGCGAGGGUGCAGAUGCUUCGUUCGCCUCGUUCGAUCCGUACUUUGGUCGCUCGCGUUUCGAUAGGUUUGGUCACUCGCAGAACGUGUGUGUGGGUUUGAGCGCCAUGGAUGAGGGCGCAGAAGGAAAAGAGGACUUCUCUUUCGCGCCUCUCCUGGUCGACAGAGAUGCCGUCGCAAACCUGGCGCAGGUCGCGCAUGCAGCGCUCAACAGCAUCCUCGCGAGCGCCUUGUCGGUCGCUCGGAGGAGAGAAGCGGAAGAACGAAAGGCCCAGGAAAAGACCACAGACGAGGCAGACGCGGGCGAACAGACGCUGCAGGAAGGAGCAGAAGAAAAGACGAAGGUGGACCGAGGAGAAGAGGCGCCGGAAGAAGACGAGGAGGCAGCGGAUGCAUGCAGGCGACGGGGACGAGGAGACGGCAGCCGAGGACGGGUCGACGAGGGGAGCAGCGACGACGAGACGAAGGAGGAAGAGAAACGAAAAGCUCAAAGAGAAAAUGAGUUCGGGGACAGGUCCAGCGAGGAAGAAGACGAAGGCGGCGAAAAGAAGGAAUCGGACGAGCCGGUAGCGUUCGCGAGAGCCGGCCUGGGGAAAUGCCGCCCACGCCAUCUUUGGAAACCUGAAGGAGCGCCCGAGUCUGAAAAAGAGGAUGAGAAAUGCGGGGGAGAGACUGAGGCGAAGACGGACAGCUGGUGCGCAGAAGCGAAAGACACCCAAGACGCUAGUCGGUCUCCGAACGCCGAGCCAGACGCUACGCAUGCGCGUGCAGACGCGAGUUCCUCCGAGUCGGUGGGCGACGGUGAACGCGCAGAAAAAAAGAAAAAAACGCGCAUCACCGUCAGUGACAUUUUGCGCGCCCUCGAACUCCAUGGCGGCUCAAUCGGAUCUCUUCUCAAGGCCGCCGAGCAGAGAAAACGAAGACGAGAAGAAGAAGAAGUGAUCCACUGCUUGCGAGCGGGCACCACACGCCAAAAGGUGCAAUGACACUCUCGUUCGUCGCCAUUUGUCAUGUCAACAGCUUCCGACAGUCUUUUUCUCAGACACCCAGACACGGCGGACGCGGACUGCGGUGUCUUCUCACAACAAAGGACAUGCAUUUAACAAGUUCUCUAAAGAUGGAAAUAGUCUCACAUGCACAUGAAUAUAUAUACAUAUAUGUAUAUAUAUAUAUAUAUAUGUGCAUAUAUAAAUGCAUACCUAUAUGUGUGUACAUAUGUGCGUAUAUAUAAACGCAUGUUUAUUUGUGUAACGGCGCAUCACAUAUGCAGAAACAGAGACAGGGGGGGCGAGCGCUUGAGUUAUCUGUGAGGAGGAUGUCCCUUCAAAGUUUGGAUGUGCGGCGAUGUUUUGUUUUCCUCCCGGCAAUCUCGGCUAGCUCGGUUGCUUCUCGCUGCGUUUCCUGACCGUCCACGUUGUCCGGAUCAGGAUCGUUUCGGCGAUUGGUUGCGGGUCGUUCCUCGCACGCCGCGUCACUUCCUGUUUGUCUGUGUGGGAAGCCCGUCGCCUUUGCCCUGAGACAACGGGGAGGGCGUUGUGGUGGUUCAAGUGUUUGUUGAUUUUUUGGGAUGCGCCGACAUUCUACAGAAAGGUUUCGUUGCUCUGUGUCAAAACGAUUCCGCGA